GGAACGGCAGCCAGCCAGCCAGCCCGUGGCAUGCCAUGUAGAGUUCAAAUUGAAGUACGAUGCCAAAAUCCAAGCGCGUUCGAACGAAGCCGCUGACACAGACGAACAAGAAGGGCGCGGAGCUCAAGAAGGGUGUGGUAGAGGCGAUUCGCCAGGCUGUGGAUGAGUUCGAGACGGUGUACGUGUUUUCGUUUGAAAACAUGCGCACGAACCACUUCAAGGUCGUGCGCGCCGAUUUCAGCGACAGCCGCUUCUUCUUGGGCAAGAAUAAGGUGAUGAAGGUCGCGUUGGGCCGCACGCGUGAAGAAGAGUACGCUGACAACUUGUCCAAACUGGCGUCCGACAUCUCGGGUGGAGUUGGGCUCCUCAUGACCAACAAGUCCAAGGACGAAGUCGUCCAGUACUUCAAAGACUUGUCCGUGGAAGACUAUGCCAAGUCGGGCUUUGUCGCAACGGAAACUGUCACAAUUCCAGCGGGCCCGCAGCCUCAAUUUGUCGGCAGCAUGGUGGAAUCGCUGCGCCAGUUAGGGCUUCCCAUCGACCUCAAGCGCGGCGUGAUCGUCCUGAACAACGACCACACGAUCUGCAAGGAAGGCGCGACGCUGACGCCGGAGCAAGCCAAGCUGCUCGUGCACUUCGAUAAGAAGCUUUCCACGUUUAACGUUGAGUUGCUCAGCCGAUGGACGUCGGACGGUGGCAAGUACGAGCGACUGGCGCCCACGAAGGCCAAGAAGGUGUCGAAAGUUGCUGCCAAUAACGACGAUGAAGAAGACGAUGACGAAGACAUGGAAUAAUGUAGGCUCCGAACCUUUUAAUGUAUGAUUUCUUAGCAAGUUUCAAUACGAUCUGGAUCGAAA